AUGGCAUGCCAAAAAGAGCCCGAAGCUUGUGCCACGUGCCCAAGUGACGGACACCAACACGGCAUUGGCGACAUCGAGGACUACAAGCUGGAGCUGGAAGCCUUACGCAAACGGACACAGGAGCUCGAGUCAAAAUUGGCGUCUGUAAAUCUCGAUGUCGGAACCAGCACCAACGGCACAGCCACCAAGCCCAGAUCCAAACCCAGGUUGAGAUCGGAGUACUGGUUCAACGCCGAUGAGAAUAAGGAGAUGUGCGCGCUGUAUACGGAUCGAUAUCUCAACUAUGGGCUUACUCACGAGGAGCUGAACUCGGGGAAGCCCAUUAUCGGAAUUGCGCAGUCGGGCUCGGAUCUGGCGCCUUGCAAUCGAUAUCACCUGCAGCUUGCGAAACGAGUGCGCGAGGGGAUUCGCUCGUCUGGUGCGAUUGCGUUUGAGUUUCCAACGCAUCCAAUACAAGAGAGUUCGAGGAGACCGACUGCCACGCUUGACCGGAAUUUGGCUUAUUUGGGGCUCGUUGAACUGCUUCACGCUUAUCCUCUCGAUGGUGUUGUGCUCUUGACGGGUUGUGAUAAGACGACACCUGCCUUCUUGAUGGCAGCGGCCACAGUGAAUAUUCCAUCGAUAUGUCUUAACGUCGGUCCCAUGUUGAACGGUCGUCUCGGCUCCAACGACAAGAUGGGUUCUGGCACGGUAUUGUGGAAAGCUAGAGAUAUGCAUGCCGCUGGAGAGAUCGAUGACGAGACUCUUAUGGCGAUGAUUUCUUCUGGUACUCCUUCGGCUGGUCAUUGCAACACAAUGGGAACAGCAUCAACCAUGAACGCUCUUGCCGAGGCUCUUGGUAUGGCGCUUCCUGGCUCAGCUGCAAUUCCCGCCCCAUAUCGAGAACGGCUGCAAUGCGCAUAUAAAACUGGUCGUCAAAUCGUGGAAAUGGUACACUCUGACCGCAAACCGAGUGACAUCAUGACCAGAGAGGCAUUUGAGAACGCAAUCAUUGUCAACAGUGCUAUUGGUGGGAGCACUAAUGCCCCGAUUCACCUCAACGCCGUAGCAAAGCAUAUUGGUGUACCCCUUGAUCUAAAUGACUGGGAUACUAUUGGCUUCGACAUUCCCCUCCUACUAAAUGUACAGCCUGCAGGCGAAAUGCUUUGCGAAGAGUACUAUAAAGCCGGCGGCCUCCCUGCCAUCAUGGCUGAGCUACUCCAGCAGAAUAAGUUGCACGCAGAUAUUGUGACUGCCAACGGCAAGACAGUUCGAGAAAAUGUGACUGGUAAGCAGACGUGGGAUAGACAAACUAUCAAGGCGUACCAGGAACCUAUGAAAACAUCCGCCGGCUUCCUCCAUAUGACUGGCAACCUUUUUGACUCAGCCAUCAUGAAGACAUCUGUGGUCUCAGAUGACUUCCGGAAAGAAUUUCUAGAGGACCCUAAAGACCCCAAUGCCUUCGAGUGCAAGGCUGUGGUUUUCGAUGGACGCGAGGAUUUCAUUGAGCGGAUUGACGAUCCUAAAACGGGUAUUGACCGCAGGACCAUCCUCGUAAUUCGUGGAGUUGGUCCCCUUGGAUAUCCUGGUGCGGCCGAAGUCGUUAAUAUGCACGCUCCAGGGUAUAUUAUUAAACAAGGAGUAACAUCUCUUCCUUGCAUAGGAGAUGGACGGCAAUCAGGGACCUCUGGUUCACCAUCCAUCCUAAAUGCGAGUCCAGAAGCGGCUGCUGGUGGAAACUUGGCAAUUCUCAGGGAUGGUGAUCGGUUACGAGUCGACCUCAACAAGAGAACGGUCAAUAUCUUGAUUCCACAUGAUCAGCUGAAGAAGAGGCGUGAUGAGCUGGAAGCCAAAGGUGGUUAUGCUGUACCAGAAAGCCAGACGCCAUGGCAGGAUAUAUUCAGGAGGGAAGUUGGACAAUUAAACGAGGGAAUGGUGCUCAAGAAUGCUCCGAAAUUCCAGAGAGUUGCACAACGGUGGCCGGCACCCAAGCACAAUCACUAG